AUGGAAAGAAAGGAAACUGAAGCUAGAACAUCAGUCGUACGUAAUCAUUUCUUAGGAUAUUUACUUGGAGUGUUUUUGAGAUAUUCAUCAUACUGUGCAAUAUUGAAUCUACAGUCGAGUAUUAAUAUAGAAGAUGGAUUAGAAUUUUACACACUGAUACCAGCAGCAAUUCUGGUUGGAGCUGGCGAAGCAACGAUAUGGUCAUCAAUGACGUUGAUCAAUUUUUAUUUUGCCACAAAAUAUGCGACUCUGAAAAAACACAAAUAUAAAGAAAACGAAUAUUUCGUCAAUCUUUACUCGGGAUAUUUUUUCACAUGUAUUCAGUUUUGCCAGAUAUUUGGCAACCUCGUCGUCUAUGCGGUACUGUAUGCAUUUGUUGAUUCUGAAUCAAACAACACACAAAACACUGGAAACAAUUUCACAACUACUCAGUCAUAUUCGGAAUCUGACAAUUUGAUGUUUUGUGGAUCUAAUGAUUGCCAAGAUAGCACGGCAGUCGAUGAGUCUUUGAAUCAAUACGUUCCAACAAAAAACGUUUCUUUAACUAUACUCAUAACCAUUUUAACAUUUAUGUGCUUCACAUCUUUAAUUUGCCACUGGUAUUUCAUAUCUGAAGAUGUUACUGUUGUAGUUAUAAGCAAAGUUACAGAUAAAGAUAUAUCCAAAACUAGUGAAAAACAUGUAAAUUUGGCCUUCGAAGUACAUCCGGACGAAAUACACCAAGACACAAGUGAACGAAAGAAAGAUGAUGUGAAUAUUGGUGAUAAUAAAACAUGUCCCAGUGUCACAAAAUCGAACUCAAACUCUUGUUUCAAAGAUAUAAACAAGGAAGAAAUAUUCCCAGAGGUCUUCUGUGAUAAGAUCCAAUCAUUGGAAAAUCCUAAUCCGGCACGCUAUGAAACUGAAGAAACAUUUGGAGGUGCCUAUUUGAGGUCUUUAAAGGAUUUGGGAAAACACACGGUAGGAAUACAUAUGGCAACUUAUGGGUUUUCUGAUGCCGUUUUAUCUUACGUUGUUGGGAAAGUCGGAAGAAAAAUUGGUCGAAUUUCACUUUUUGUAUUUUCAAUGGUUGUUGACUUUGGGAGUUAUGCAUACUGUCUAUGGUGGGACCCAAAUCUCGAAUCAGCAUGGUCAAUCUUCAUAAUAUAUUUUGCUCUCGGAGCAACGGAUGGAAUAUGGCAAACAUUGACAAAUGUACUGUACCUGGAAUAUUUUGAAGAAGGUCACGAUGUUGCAAUCACAAGCUGGGUUUUAUGGUCAUUUUUAGGCUAUUCUCUACAAUUUGGGUGGAGUACGAAGCUCUGUGUAUACGUUAAAAUUUAUAUCCAGGUCGGAAUGCUAAUUUUAGGAAUGAUUUGCUACGGUGUAGCUGAAUAUUUACAUCAAAAUGAGAAAUUGACUGAGGUUGCUGAAGAAGAAACUCGAUUGUGA